AUGAAGACCUCCGCCGCUCUCGUCGCGCUCGCCGCGUCCAUGACCGCGUCUGCGUACACAAUCACCUUCAAGAACCAGUGCGGCUAUGAUGUCUGGCCCGCUGUCGGAAAGGCCCCCAACGGGCAGGUCGACACCUCGGUCAGCUUUGGCGCCAAGCUCAGCCCGGGCCAGAGCGUCUCCUGGGGUAUCGACAACCACCAGCUCGGUAUCCGUGGCUGGGGCCGCACCGGCUGUGACGGCAACGGCGCCAACUGCGCGACGGGCGCCUGCAACGGCGGUCUCGUCUGCAACGACGCAGGCAUCACCGCCCACGCCAUCUACUCCGAGUUCGGCUACGGCGACGCCGGCCAGUGGGGCGGCGAGCGCACCUACUGGGACCUCUCCUUCGUCGGUGGCAGCGUCAACAUCCCCGCCCGCCUCUCCUCGACCGACGGUGUCUCCGUCACCUGCACGUCGAACUCGUGCCCGACCGACCAGGCGUACCACCAGGACGGCGACAACGCGGCGAUGCGCUCUUCCUCCAUCUCGGAGAGCUUCACGCACACCUUCUGCCCUUAA